AAAUACAUUUUUGUGAACCUGCCAAAGACUAGCGGAGACGACGAAGCUGGUAGAUAUAGCAGUGGUACGUAGACUAUCACUUUACAUGAUUUAGAGGCGAAUAACAAGAAAACUGACACCGGGAGCGUCAAAACACAAAUAAAAACACCAGCAAAUGCUGCAUAAGGAAAAAGCACCUGGCUUAGCAAGCCAAGGUUAGACCUGCUGGUGUUAUGACCGCUGCCUACCCUGCCAAGGCUGAUAUGAUGUGCAGCAACUAAACAAAUAUUGAAGUGUGAAUAUCAGAUGCCCGGUCAACCUGAUGGCUUGAAACCCAGAAAGAGGAAGAGCAGCUCUGAGGUCAAAAGCUCCAGAAAGGCCUCUGCUACAAGGAGGAGAUGUACACAAAGUCCAAAGACACACUCGUCAGCAGAGAGCACAUCUGUAGUCGGUGGUUUAAGUAAAGUAGACGCACCUCAAGAGAGACUCUCCAGCAUCAGCUGCGAAUGCACUCUGACCGCAGGCCGGAGGAGAUGCCUGGCAUCACCGGAGCUCGAAGGACAGGAGGGCAAAGAGAAUGAACUCAGGACAGGGCUGGAUAUGGACAGCUGCAGACUGAAUAAUAUCUUUGACAAACAGGAGUCUGAGGACAUGGAAUGUGAAGAUUCUGUCAGACACAUGUUCCCAGAUGACGACAGUAAUCAGAUUCUUCCUGUGGAGCAGUUCUUUGGAAACUUGGAUACAGUACAGGACUUCCCUCAGAGGUCAUCAGCCUCUUCUGCCCGUGUUCAGAGGGAGAACGGGAGACGACACUACUUCGCACUGGAGGACAGUGACGAAGAGGAGCUAGACUUCAGCACUAUGCAGAAAGGAGACGGAGGGGGCAUUCAGUGACAAGGAGCUGCACUAAUGAAUGUAGUGGACUCAUUGUCUUACCCCGUGGAAGGACAUUAAACCCCUCAGAACUGAAGAAAAAUCAGCCAAAUUAAACUUUAAGUGGGAUUGAGGCUAGCGUUGACUUGCUGUAGCUAAAUAAGCUGUAGGCCAAACAAACAUUAUCUGCCAUAAAUUUGCUCUUAGUAGCUCACAAAGGGCUUAAGUGGCUUUUUUUGCACUCAGAAAUCGAGCAUUAAAUUUGUUGUUAAACAUUUACCAAAAGUAUUGACGGUUAGCAGUUUGAAAGCAAGUCCUUGAUUGGCUGUCUAAAUACCAAAAACUGCUCUGUAGUAUUCAACCACUUACAUGUGGCAUGAUGUCAGAGUAAUAUUUCUGAUAUUUUGUAAGGUUGCCACAGUAAUGGUGCUCAUAGUCAUCAGUAAGGAACAUAUUUAGUGUGUAAAUACUACAUAAUGAUUUAAUAUUUAUAGAUUAAAUUCUGCCCCUGGUUCAGUCACCUUUGGUUUUAGCUCGAGCAGUGGUUCUCAACCGGUGGAGCGGGACCCGAAAGUGGGUCACUGAGCCCUUUUCAGUGGGUCACAAAAGGACGUCUUGGGAAAAAAAAAAUCAGUGUCAAAAAGUCUAAAAAAUAUUGUUGUUUUUCUAACUCUGUUGUUGAACAUGUUUUAGUAUACAAUCUAAAUAGCACAAUUUUCAUUAAUAACAUUUGAGAGGUUAACUUUUUUCAGGAAUUUGGGUUGCAAUUUCUCCUCAAUGGGUUUGUGGUGGGUCCCGAGACUCGACCAGUCAAGAACCACUGAGCUAUAGGGUGUGUUGGAAAAGCACUUUAUUUAAACAAAUCCGUCCACAGCACACCAUAAAAUACUUCAAAAUGUGAGGUCAGGUGUGCAGGUUGAGAUAUUAGUCAGAGUGAUGCCAAAUAGUGCUGGAUCAAAACAAAACACGUCAUACGCAUCUAUAAAUAAGAACAUUAAAAAUGAAAGAUGCAGAAGUCAAACAGAGAAGAACUCGUGAUAGAUUUCAUGUUCUGGUUUCAGACUGUAAACAAUUUCAGACAGAAGGUAAUGCAUGCAUGCCAAAGAAGAGUUUCAUUAUGAGAGCUUUUAAUAGACAACGAACAAGCCAUUGUUGACUUACACUCACAGUUUCAUCAUCAACACGUCUUUGUGUGAUCAUCUUAUUGGCAGCUGGUUAGAUAAAACACAUCUGUAUAUUUGCAUACAAAACAAUACAGAAGAUAUUUUCCCUUGAUUUUUCUGUGAAGCUCAUACUUCCAAACACAGUAAAAUUAGAUAUAUUAAACAAAUCAUGGACUAAAACGCUGUUUCUCUAACAUCCUGUGUUUAAGCACAACGAUGACGACUCAAAGUGAGUCCCAGAUGUCUCACUUUGAGGUUUAAAGUAAAUGCACUUGAGCUGUUCACAGUUUUUGUAGUAUUUUGUAUAUACGUUGAUGUGACAAUCCAAUCAAAUGUUUUAUAUAUUUUUACCGCCUUAUUUAUGCAAAAAAAAAAAAAGCUUUUCAUAUUCGUCUAUGCAACUUUGUGCCUCAUUCUUCAAGCAUUGUAUAAUCAGUUCAUGCAGUUUACAUCAUUGUGC